AUGAGCUUCCAGAUAAACGGUAAGGUCGCUUUAGUCACAGGCGGUGCUGGAGGUAUUGGUAGGUGCAUUGUCGAGGCUUUACUGGAAAAUGGAAUUAAGGGUGUUGUAAUAGCAGAUAUAAAUGAGGAACAGGGAACGAAAGUCGUUAGUGAGCUGAGUCAAAAAUUUAAUCCAACACAAAUUUUGUAUCAAAAAACGGAUGUUACUGUAGUAGAAAGUUUUGAAGAUGCAUUCAAAGCAGCAAUUCAACAAUUCCAACAUAUCGACAUUCUUUUCAAUAACGCUGGAAUUGUUAAUGAAAACGAGUGGGAAAAAUGCGUUCAAGUUAAUUUGAUAGGCGUAAUUAACGGUAUGAUAUUAGCAACUGAAAAGUACCUAAAAGAUCAAAAAUUAGGCGAAGAAGCCGUAAUAGUGAAUACAUCUUCCAUCGCUUCGGUCACUCCGGAAUUACUUAUACCUACUUACAACGCUACCAAGUCUGCUAUUAAUGCUAUUACAAGAACUUACGCAGAGUCAUACUAUUACAAUUCAACAAAAAUUAAGGUUGUGGCAAUUUGUCCUGGUGUUACAGAAACUUCUAUAGUGAAUUUAGCAGGUGUUGUCCGGCCUGGGCCAGAUGAUUCUGCUGAACGUACUCUAGACGGAUAUCCUUUGCAGAGUCCGAAGUUUCUAGCUGACCAAGUGAUGAAAGUAGUAGAAAAAGCUCCUACAGGGACCAUUUGGAUAAUUGAAGAUACUAAACCAGCCUAUCAGUACAUUUAUAAUGACAGAAAAAUGAGUCAAUAUAAAGUAUAA